AUGGCUUCGGAUCAGAAGGAUGUCCUCGCUGGACUGAAUCUGUCUAAAUUGUCAGUUAAAUCACCCGCCUCGCGCCUAAGAGAGCUAGAAAGUCUUAUUGUAGACCACGUCACCAGCAGCGGGACUGCAAACAACAACUUCAGCAGCAAUGGCAGCAAUGGAACUGCCAACAGUGGCAACAGCCCUCUGUUCGGUAUCCUGGCAGGGGCGGUCGCUGCUGCUGGUUUGUCGGCGGAAAAAUUCCUGUCCGUGGAAACGAUGCUCGAUUGCUUGCUUGUGUUGUACGACGAGUGCUGCAACUCGUCGUUGCGCCGCGAAAAAACGGUUUCCGACUUUAUCGAGCUGAUGAAAUCGGUCGUGCAAAGCAUCAAGCAGCUGCGGCUAUCUCGCGACGACUUCGAAGUACUAAAGGUGAUUGGGCGCGGCGCGUUCGGCGAGGUUUGCGUCGUGCGAAUGCACCACACUAGUCAAAUCUACGCGAUGAAAAUAUUGAACAAAUGGGAAAUGCUUAAGCGCGCUGAAACGGCCUGCUUCCGUGAGGAACGAGAUGUGCUGGUCUUUGGUGAUCGGCGGUGGAUAACCAAUUUGCAUUACGCUUUCCAGGAUGACAUCAAUUUGUAUCUCAUAAUGGAUUACUAUUGUGGUGGCGAUCUAUUGACGUUGCUGAGCAAAUUCGAGGAUCGCCUGCCAGAAGACAUGGCACGGUUCUACAUCGCCGAGAUGGUGCUGGCGAUACACAGCAUCCACGAGUUAAAGUACGUGCACCGGGACAUUAAGCCGGACAACAUUGUUCUGGAUGCGAGUGGGCAUGUACGGUUAGCCGAUUUUGGUUCUUGCUUGCGGCUCGGCCCACAGGGCACGGUUCAGUCAAACGUAGCUGUCGGUACUCCAGACUACAUCUCACCCGAGAUCCUGCGUGCGAUGGAGGACGGCCAGGGUAAGUACGGGCCGGAGUGCGACUGGUGGUCGCUAGGCGUGUGCAUGUACGAAAUGCUGUACGGCGAAACUCCGUUCUACGCGGAAAGUCUGGUCGAAACGUACGGCAAGAUCAUGAACCACAAGAAUUCAUUCGACUUUCCGAAUGACGAUGACGAGUACGGUGUGAGCGAACAGGCAAAAGAUCUGAUUCGGCGACUGAUCUGUGCUCCUGAGUACCGGCUCGGACAAAACGGUAUCGAUGAUUUCAAGGCACAUCCGUGGUUCGAGGGAAUCAGCUGGGACACGAUACGGAACGGACAGGCGCCUUACAUACCGGAAGUUUCUAGUCCAACCGACACAUCUAACUUUGACGUGGAGGACACGGAUAUUAAAUUGUCAGAUGCUGUACCGCCGACAACGAACCCAGCGUUCUCCGGGCACCACUUGCCAUUCGUGGGCUUCACCUUCACCAAGGAUAGCUCGUUGUCCGACGUAGGUCGAUUGUCGCGAACUAUCACAGCGAAUAGCAUCAAUCAGCCACUGGUCCCCCUGAAGUUGGAGAAGCACGGUUCGGAAGAAAAACAACGUCUCAGCCCGGACAGUACGCGUAAGCUGCAGGAUGAAAUCAACAUCCUGACAAAACGCAACUGUGAGUUGGAAAGCCAGAUCAAAAGUUUCGAACGUGUUGGCGCGAUGUCCGUGGGCACGGCCGCUGCAUCCGACUCGGUGGAUGGACAGGUUGACGCAAAGUUAAAGGAGCACGAGAAAACAAUACGGAUGCUGCGACAGGAGAAAGACGACCUGCAGAAAGAACGCCAGGAUGCGCUCGAUCGACUUAAGCAGCAGGAUAAGGAGCUGAAGGAUGCACUGGAACAGCGCAAACUGGCCAUGGCGGAGUAUACCGAAGUGACGGAUAAACUUUCCGAUCUGCGUCAGCAAAAGCAAAAGCUGUCACGGCAGGUGCGAGAUAAGGAGGAGGAGCUCGAAGUGACCAUGCAGAAAGUGGACACGUUGCGUAGUGAGCUACGUAAGACGGAUAAACUUCGUCGCGAGCAGGAUGCCCGUAUCCAGGAUUUGAUCUCGGAACUGAACCGCGAGAGACAGCAACGCGAACGUUCGGAAGAGUGUUAUCGGCAGCUACAGAUGGAAGCGCGCAGUCGCAGUUCGUCGGAACUCGGCUCAUCUAACUCAUUAGGUAUCUCGUCUUCUGAUUCUAUCCGGCUGGAAAUUGACAGACUGGAAGUGGAGUAUAGUGAGAAGAUCAAUCAGCAGCAAACUAGAUACAACAUAGAAAUAUCUGCCUUGCGGGAUCAGCUAAACGACGCGGAUAACCACCGGGAGAUGCUGCAACGGGAACUACAACAAGCACGCGAAAAGCUCGACUCCAGCCGUCUUGAGUCGCUCACUGACUCAGAAGAGACAAUUCUCGAGCUACGUAAGCGCCAUGAACGUGAGAAAAAGAUUCUGCUCGACGACAACCGGAAGUUGAUCACGGACCUUGAAAUGAUCAGCGAAUCAAACCGCCGUCUGACGGCCGAACGGCUGCAAAUGGACAGCGAAUAUGAGGACCUAAGAAAUAGACGCCAAGCUUUCAGCCAAUGGGAACGUCAGAUUGCGGAGAUCAUUCAGUGGGUGUCGGACGAAAAGGACGCUCGUGGAUACUUACAGGCACUCGCGACCAAAAUGACAGAGGAGCUCGAAUACUUGAAGCACUCUGGGCCGUUGAAUCACAACGCCAGCGACAACAAAAAUUGGCGCAAUCGGCGAUCACAGAAGCUCGACAAGAUGGAGCUACUCAAUCUGCAGAGCUCGUUACAGAAUGAAAUUCAGGCGAAGGCGGUGAUUUCGGAAGAGCUUACGCGAACCAGAACCGACCUUGUCGCGGCCCAAAAAGACCUUCGUGAGACGCGUCAGAUAUGUGAAUCUAUCGGUGGUGAACUGAAGCGCAAAGAAAGCUUAAUCAAGGAACUGCAACAACGUCUCGAGUCGAACGAAGGAUUAUCGCAUCCCAUGGUGUUGGAUAGUGAUGAUGGAUCGGUGGUGGGCAGCCGAAGGAGUACCAACAGCAGCAUCCGUUACCUUCGUACGAGUCUUAACGAACCACCUGGUGGUGGCCGGUUAAGAAGCUCCCGAGAAGUUGAAAUGCGAGAUGUGAUGGAUACGGUGCGAAAGCAACAAUCAUCAUCUCUUGCCCCCUUCGCGUCUCAGGGCCCAGAAAUAAAUGAUGAUCGGUUGGUUGAGAAUCUGCUUAAGGAUUUUAACUGCGACAAACAAAGCUGUACUACUACCCAGCCAAUGGAAGUGAAACUGAAGAACGCGACGCUAACUGGUGAUAAUGAAGAGUUGACGGAAUUUGAACGAGCUGUGUUGAAAAAGUACAUACAAGAAUUGCAAGAAUCGGGAAGAACAGAAGGAGAAGGUGAAGCAGCAGCCGAAUUAACAUUCGACAAAGCAGAACAGAAGGACUCAAGGAGCGAUCAAGGUGAUGAUAAAGAGCGUGAUAGUAGGCUAAGAAGAGCAGAAGGAGAAGCACAACAGCUGGAUGAAAAUGCAAACUCACUGAUAAACAACGGCAUGAUGGCACCAGGUGUAGAAAUCGGUCAACAACUGACACGAAAUGGUGACACCCAAGCGAGAGGAGGAAAAGCAGAGAGCGAACACGUGCCUACUCCGGUAGGAACGCCUCCACCUCCACAGGUUGUUACAUCUGCUGAUACAAGUACGCUCACUAGCAUUGGCACUAGCACCACUACUAUCACUACUACGAUCAUUAGCAGCAGCAUCGCAGCUAACAACAUCGACUGCAUUGGUCAUCCGUCGAAGAGCGACGACGACGAUAACAGUAGCACAGCUAGCGUUCUGCCGGUGAGCGGCACUGCUAAUGCUAACGAUCAUAACUAUGUUGCGCCAUCCUCAAACUGCUGUACCAUUACUACCACUACUAAUGACGUUGCGGGAUCGAUGCAGCGCGAGCGUACGGUGGAUAAUUCCAGCUUAACCACGAGUGCGGGAAUCGUGGCAGCGACGAAGGAAGUCAGCAGCACGGCAGUUGCGAGGGCAGCGACAGUUCGCGAUCGAGCAAGGCGACGAAACAUAUCCGUGUGGGUCGGUGUGACAUCCUGCGUCUGGGAUCGUUGUAACAAUAAUAAACUCGAACAGUGUUGUAGUUGCCAUAACAGAAAAGUAACGACGACAAUCACCACGACUACUACGACCACGACCAUCCGAACCACCGAUGACGGUGAAGGCGAGCAGCGCCACCAAUGCUUCACGGCUGCGCAGGACGAAAUUACCGAUCCACAUCGAUCCACCGCCAUUGAUCAUGUAACUGCUUUCAUUCCGCUCAUGGCGGUUGCGGUCACGAACGGUUACCCGUCCUCAACUGCGCCUUUAAUUUCUCCUUCGGCGGGACUUUCAGCAUCAGUGCCACUAUUGAAUGGAGCUGGUGAUACUAAGAUACUCCUAACGCCCCCAGUAACACCGCCUCAAUUAGAUGUAAGGCAGAAAGAUAAUAUGUUGGGCGAAGGCACUAACACGCCUGAAGUCUCCGUUCAAGCAGUACAAGAAACAUCGGUUGUUUCGAUGCAGGAAGAUGAUCGGAACUUCAACCAAGAAACCGACGUAGAACCGGAUGUCGUGUCGAUUAUCGGUCAUGGUGACGAAAACAGCACCAUCAUUAUCAAUUCUGCUGUGGAAACUGGGAAAAAUAGCAUUAUUACACCAGACGAAUGGCUACAACCGAACCGAUCAGUUAACCUUACACCUUCACGUUCUCGUUCGCUUUCAUCACUGCAUCCCGGUGCAUCAUCAACGACGUCACUUUUGGAAAGACCUUCGUCGCAGAUGUCCUACUUAGAUCACUUUCUGAAGGAAUCCGGUGGUGUGGGAAGCGGUGCCGGCGGUGGAUCAUCAUCAACAAUGCACACGAACUCAACGUUGGCCAUCAACAUGGUGACCGCCGGGUCGAGCAGUAGCACGAUGCUGCCGCAUCGCAAGAGCAGCGGUGGUAGCCAGCACGUAAACACAUCCACGAGUUCCUCCUCGAACAAUCUUACCAAUGCACACCUCAACCAAGCCCAUAACCAAAGCCUUUCGUCACUACACCAACAAUUGCACCACCAACAGGUACAGCAGCAGACGGGUUCUACGCCGUCACAACAGCUGCAGUCGGCACACCACACUUACAGCAAUCAGCAGCAGUUGCUACAGCAGCAACAGCAGGAGCAAGCGCAGCAGCAGCAGCAGCAACAGCAGCAGACGAUGCAUCAUUCGAAUUACUCCAUGGAAAGCGAGGACGGGGACGUGGAGGAUAACAAUCGCGGCCACUCGUUAUCCAGCUCGAAGAGCAACCUGAGUGAUCAUUCGCUGAGCAUGCACAGCGUGAUGAUAUCACACCAGCAGGAACUGCUCCCACACCGACAGCAAAAGGCGAAGGUUCACCAGUUCCUUGUGCGAACGUUUUCCAGCCCAACGAAGUGCAACCAUUGCACGUCGCUGAUGGUCGGCCUGACACGACAGGGCGUGGUGUGCGAGUUAUGCGGCUUUGCUUGUCACAUGAUCUGUUGUCCAAAAGUACCGACCCAAUGCCCGGUACCGUCCGAUCAGACGAAACGGCCACUUGGUAUUGAUCCAACGCGUGGGAUCGGUACAGCAUACGAGGGUUAUGUUAAGGUUCCGAAACUCGGUGGCGUCAAGCGAGGCUGGGUACGUCAGUUCGUAGUGGUGUGUGAUUUCAAACUGUUCCUCUACGACAUUUCCGCGGAUCGCAGUGCACUACCAAGUGUGCACGUUACUCAGGUAUUGGACAUGCGUGACCCAGAGUUUACAGUUUCCGGCGUGCGCGAGAGCGAUGUUAUACAUGCAACGAAAAAGGAUGUACCAUGCAUAUUUAGGAUUACGACGUCUCUAUUGGAUGGUGGACCAUCACUACAAACACUUAUGCUGGCCGAUACGGAAUCGGAAAAGGCUAAAUGGGUCGUGGCGCUCAGCGAGCUGCACCGUAUACUGAAGCGAAACAACCUCCCGAAUACGGCCAUGUUCCGUGUACGUGAGGUGCUCGACAGUACCGUGUCAGCCAUCCGGAACGCCCUCAGCGCGUUGAUUAUUGAUCCGGAGCGGAUCUUGCUGGGUACGGAGGACGGAUUGUUCUGUCUGGACCUCGAUCGUAGCCAGAUCGCCCGCAUUGGCGAAAGUAAGAAGGUGUAUCAGCUGUGGUACAUCGCUGAGGAGCAGCUACUCGUGAUCCUGUGUGGCAAGCAGCGGCAUUUGCGGUUGCUACCAAUUCGUGCUCUCGAGACGGUUGAUGUCGAGUGGAUCAAGGUAGCUGAAUCCAAAAGCUGUAUCACUGCCUGCACCGGUAUCAUCGAACGUGGUCCGCAGCCAGUGUUCUGUAUUGUGCUGGCGCUAAAACGCCAGAACACGUCACAGAUCGUGGUGUACGUGGUGAACCGGGAUCGUAGCAGGCACCACAAGAUGUGCGAGUUUACUGUGGCUUAUCCAGUGCAAAGUCUGCAGGUGUUGUCCGAUAUGCGGUUAGCCGUUGGUCAUCAGAGCGGUUUCACUGCCUACUGCCUUCAGGGAGCGGCCAAAGCAAUGCCACUGGUGCAUCCCGAAAAUCAGCUGAAUAACUUCCUCAACUUUUCUGGUGUCGAUGCGUGGCGAGUGAUCGAGAUCCAAUCUGGCCAUGGAGGCAAUGUGCACGGUGAAUAUCUUCUCGUGUUUCAGACGCUUGCUAUUUACGUUGACUUGCAAGGGCGUAAAUCUCGAGAUCGAGAAAUCAUGUACCCAGCGGUGCCGAAGCAUAUCACAUACUGUGACGGCCAUCUACUAGUCUAUUCGGAGACCCAUCUGGACAUCUUUAACACCCAAACCGCCGAAUGGGUACAGUCAAUUGGUCUGAAACGAUCCCGUCCACUGAUGAAUAACGGCAGCCUUACGUUAACCUAUCUCAACGAUAGCGUACACGUCGUCUACUUGGCUAAUAUGCACACAAGAGAAUUGCUUUCUCUAAAUGAUCGUGAUGGCCGGCUGAAAGCGAAACGGUUUUCAUUACGGGAACCCAACCGAGCCAUUCGAACGAGCACCGAUCGUCGCUCGAAGCUCAUCUCUGCUCCAACCAAUUUCAAUCACAUUUCGCACAUGGGACCUGGCGAUGGCAUCCAAAAACAGCGACUGCUUGACCUUCCGACUACUAUUGAAACGGCUGAUCAAAGCACCCAGCAGCAACGGAUUUCGACUAUGCGCCACGCACCACCUCCACCACGCGCGCCACCUCGUCCUUCGAUGAUCCAUCCACUUAAUGGUUCAAACAACUCUUUGCCAGGUGCGAAACGGACGGCUCCGGCUAGGCCGCGCGAUCAGCCUCCAUCAUUACCACGUUCACCUAGUCCCCUAGGCAGCAUGUCCUCGUUACAUGACGUCUUAAAGGUGUCGGUCGCCGAUAUGCAGUCGGAAUCGAGACAGAGUGUCGCCAGCAACAACUCCAGCUCGGUUUCAACCCCGCCAUCUCCAACGAACGAUAGAUUGAGUUCGAGCUACGACUCAUAAUGUUUCCUGAAAUAUUUCACCAAAUUUUUAACACUUCGUUCUUCGUUGGAGAACAGCGGAAGGUCCUUCUGCUUGAAGUCAUCACCGGCAUCGGGCCCGCCAAGACGCCGGAGUUCGGA